CUAAACUGGACAUUCACUAAGCCCUCAAACCGCUCUGUCCUCUCUCUCUCUCUCUCUCUCUCUCAAUACAUACACACACACACACACACAUUGUUUUGGACCUGCUGGUACCGGGAUUCUAAAGAAUGGGACUGUCUAUGAGUUUCAUGGGAUUGGGAGGAGGGCUGCCAUCCGGCUGGACGCUAAACAUUUUAAUGGCAACGCUGUACGAUCAGUUCAUCAAGAAAGAUAUCCAAAAUUUUGAGGAAUUCCAGUUCGCCAUUCUCGAUAUCUUCAACACUUUUAAUUCUUCUCUGCCCGGUAAACACUACGAAGUGCCGUUGCGCAAGGAAAUCGAGGAUAUGUUCGUAAGUUGGAAAAAUGCCAAAGUGCAAGACAGGAGGGACAUCUUCAUCCAAUUCAUGAAGGACAAUGUAAGGCUAAGCAAGGUCGAUAACGCUACCGUGAUAACAGGAGUUGUAACGCCGCCAGUAGCCAUGGCUGUUAAAAGAGCAGGGGAGAGAGUGCCCCAGCUGAAAAUGAUCAAGGCCAUUCCUGACGUCUUUUUCGUGCCAUCAGCAACAGUGUUGGCUCUCAUUUCUGUUAACAUUUCCAGAAGAAUUUUCACGGCAAAAAAAGCAUCUUCGACACACUCCGAACCUGAUAUCCAGAUGAAGACCGAAACGAUUGGCGAAGCCAGAGCACCGCAAGGAGGUGCGCCCGCACCUUUGGUCAUCGGAAAUUCCCAUGAGAAGCGAGAAAUACGCCCCUCUAACCUGCACAGAAGACCUUCGGUCAUCGAAAAUUCCCAUGGGGAGCAAGAAAUACGCCCCUCCAAUCCGAUCAGAAGGUGGUGUUUGACGAAAUGCCUAAAUGAAGACUGCAUCUACUGCGCACGACCUUGUAGCUUUGAAUCAUGAAUGUUUCACCUCUGCAAUUUCUUUCCAACUUUGGAUAAUAUAUAUGUGUGGUUUAACUACUUAUGCCAUUUCAUUUACUUUUACCAUUUACAGUCUAAGAAUUACUGAAGUAUGAAUAUAUAUAUAGAGUAUCUUAACAAAUAUGUUGUAACGAUUUGAGUGCUUUUGGUUUGAACAU